AUGGGGUGUUCUCCCUCUCCCCUCUUGCCCUCUGUUGCCUCUGCUGCUGCGGCUGACCUCGUUGGUUUCGAGUCGGUCGGCGCUGCGUCUGCCCCGAGCGGGAGACGCCGCACCGGCAAGGGCAAGGGGGGCAAGGGCACUGGAGGGGCUGGAGGGGGCGGUGGAGGUGGUGGUGGAGGCGGUGGAGGGAGUGGGGGUGGUGGUGGGAGUGGUGCCGGGGGUGGCGGCGGCGGUGGCAGCAGUGGAGGCGGCGGAGGCGGUGGAGGUGGCGGAGGGAGCGGAGGCGGCGGAGGUAGUGGAGGAGGCGGAGGUGGAGGAGGCGGCGGAGGCGGCGGAGGCGGCGGCGGCGGAGGCGGCGGUGGUGGAGCGAGUCGCGACUCUGCGCAGAGGAGUGGCGCAGGUGGUAGUCAGCGCCAGCAGCAGCAGCGGAGUGGUGUGACCCUGUCCCCUCAGCAGCUUCGUGAGUGGUACACUGCACGCCAGCGCGGUGGGGGUUUUGGUCCCUGCUCUUACGAUCUCCGUACCGGCGACCGCACCGGUGAGCAGUGCGGAGGCCCGCACUCCACCCAGCGUUGCUUCGGUCGCCUGACGGACGCGUGGCGUCGCCAGUUCCCUGAGGCGUCAGAGAUCCCUCGCUGGGGAGAUCUGGCUAAGGCCGGGGUUGCUAUCUUUGAUCUUGACUUUGAUGCUAUUCUUGCUGCCAUGUAUGCUGUUGCUGAUAGUGUUGAGGGUGCCUGUUACCUGUGUGUACCGCCUGACCCGGGCAUUGAGGCUGCUGAGCUAGGUGCUAGUGAGACUGCUGCUGUAGUUGCUAGUGCGUCUGCUGCCCCAGGGGCCAGUGCGUCUGCAGCCCCAGGUGCUGGUGAGUCUGCUCUCUCAGGUACUACGCCGGCUCAGGCCUUCCACACCUUCACCCUGGACUCGGGUGCGUCCCGCUCCUUCUUUCGAGACCGCACCACUCUUACGCCGCUUAGUCGGCCGGUUGCAGUCUCCCUGGCAGACCCCUCUGGGGGUCCUGUCCUUGCUAGCUUCUUCAUUGUCCUUCUGUGCCCUGCAGCCCCCCCUCGUUCUCUACGAACUUGCCUGUACACCCUUACUGCUGAGUCUCCUCCUACUGCUGAGUCUGCCCAGGUAGCUGCGUCGAGUGCGGUGUUUGCUGCGGCGUCCAGGUCUGGUCCUGAGUUUGCCCCCUGCUCGUGUCUUCCGUUCAGUCAUGCGGUUGUGUGUCUUUGGAUUUAA